GAAAAAUAAAAUGGCCGACUGCGGUGAAAAUGUUCAAUAUUUAUCUAAACAUGUUUCUAAAAUUCAAAACAUGCAAUGAUAUGUUAAACGUGAAGUUUGUUUAUAUCUUUGUACACAUGCUUUUAUCAUAAAAUUGGCUGAAGAAGAAAACUAACCAUGCCACCGACAGAAAGUCUGGCUGUUCCUUCUGCCACUAAUAUUGGUGGUGUUACAAUCUCACUGUCUACAAUUAUAGACUAUAUCCUGCAAAGAACACACCAUGAACUUACAGUGCUGUCUGAAUUGCUGCCGAGGAAAACAGAUAUGGAAAGGAAAAUUGAGAUAUUUCAAUUUGCCAGUCGCACUCGACAACUGUUCAUCCGAUUGCUGGCCUUGGUUAAGUGGGCUACCAGUGCCAGCAAAGUGGAUAAAUGUACAGACAUUUGCAAUUUUUUGGAACAGCAGUCAAUGUUUUUUAUUGAUACUGCUGAUCACUUAGCAAAGGUUGCUCGGGAAACACUUGUGACUGCCAGACUACCUUGUUUUUCACUACCUGUGGCUAUCGAUGUUCUGACAACAGGGACAUAUCCUCGCUUGCCAACAUGCAUUCGGGAGAAAAUUGUUCCACCGGAUCCCAUAACCCCACAAGAGAAGAACGAGACACUGUGUAAGCUGAACCAAGUGAUCCAGUACAGACUGGUUUCCAGUGAACUGCCACCACAGAUGAGAAAACUGAAAAUAGAACAUGGUCGUGUGAAAUUUCCAGUGGAACAUGAAUUUGAGGUGACUCUGACACUGAUGGGUGACAGUCCCAGUAUUCCAUGGCGUUUGCUAGACAUUGAUAUUCUGGUCGAAGACCAUGAAACAGGAGAUGGGAAGUCUCUGGUUCACUCUUUACAGGUCCACUACAUACAUCAGCUCAUUCAGAAUCGGCUGCUCGAUAACGACCGGCCACUUCAUGUUCUCUACAAGAUGCUACAUUCCUUCUGCCAGUCAUUACAGCUUGAAGUGUUACACUCUCAGACUCAACGAUUGAUUCACAACCGAUUGGGAGAUAGUAUUAGGGUGGAAGAGUACACUUUGAGCAAAAGUUUGGUCAUUUCAUAUUGGAGGGAUCAGAAUAAAAGAGACCGAACCCAAGAUACAGUUGUGUACAAGCUAAGUGUACAUGUUUGUGAAGAAGAUGAUGGAAAACCACUUCAGAUCAGUCACACACCAUCAAUGUCACCCGAUGACAGCAGAAAAGUCGGUCUCGCUAUCAAGAGUGACCACUUGUCAAUUGAAAAGCUGUUGAUGCAGACAAUCGAGGUUCGGACACAAAUUAAACUGAAGGAUCUUGCCAAAGAUAUGCAGAAGUAUGCUAAUGAAAAAUGUGAAGUGAGAGACAUGCCAGUGGCAUUGCAUGUUCCCAUUCUCGAUCCUUGUAUGUCAUCAGAAGUCUUGCGGGUUGCCAUCGACAUACAGAAGGGCUCUUACUUGACUUCAGUGCCCUGUGAUGAUUUCUCAGCAGUUCAUGAAAUAGAAACCUAUUUAAAUGAUGAUCGAAGAGGCCUUGACAAACUGCUGAUUAAGUUACAGAUGCAGCUGUGCUUGCGGCGGUGUGAAAAGUCUGUACAGCUUCUGCCUGCUGCCUGUCUGUCAACUAUUCCUGUUGUCAAUUCCGCAGACCACCCUCUUGAAAAACUUGGAAAAUGCAAGCUUUUCAUCAGGGUUCCAAGACAGGCAAACUUUUUCCUGGUUGUCAAUCUUGUUGAAGAGACUCCACGAACUGUGUCCUAUUUCUACUACCUGUUGGAGACGUUUCCGUGCACGGCAGAUGGCAAAGAGGAUGACAUCGCAGAAGAUGUUGGAGUGAAGUCUUACUACCGUGCUGGCCGCUUCAUAUCCAUGGACAGCUUCUCUGUUACUCAUGGGCCAUUUUCAAAGAUAUUUGAUGAUGAUAUGGCAUCUCAGUUGGACAGUUUUACCAGAAAACGAAAGCUGUUUCUGGGAGAUGUUGAAGAACCAAAGGCAAAGAAACAGAAAUAUUCACCGUACAUGGUUCCCGAGUUGACAUACCUACUGGCGUCAUGUGAAGAGAGAAUACCAUUUAUAUACCUUGGCGAUGAGCUGAACAGGCAAGGCAUAGCACACCAAGGUAUUCAAGUGGAGGAGGAAGGAAUCUGCCUGUGUUUAGGCAUUCUCGACUUUCCUAGUCUGCCUGGCUGCUCUGAGGAUCUUAAAAACAACUUGAAGAAACAUUUGUUAUCUUGCAAAUUCAGGAUUCAAUCAAAACCACUCUUCUGGGUUGUCGAGUUUCUGUUCACGAAUCCACCUUUAUUCACAACCAAUCACAAGGAGUCGGGAUCUGUUCAGCGCAUCUGUUUUAACUUGGAGAUGAGUGCGGACAAUGUUCAGAAGACCGUGACUGAUCUGCUUGAUGAAUGGAACUGCAUGUCACACCUGUUCGAAGCCAUCUGUCCUUUUGCCGAAAUCUACAACAGUGAUGAUUUACAAGGCAGCUUCAAGUCCCUUGUUGAAAUUAGAUCCUAUAACUACAGGAGAAUUGUUCUAGCCUACGGUCCAGCUUCCACCAGCAUUGUGACGAUACAGUGGAAGACUGAUGGUCAGUUCCACCUGACCCUGGGCACUUGUGGUCAGUCGAGUACGGCCAACCCACACAUCCCUGUCUUGACCCAUCUGCAGCACGAGUUCAACUCAAACAAGUCUAUAGCACACCUUGUCCAGGUCCUCAGUGACACUUGGCAGCCUCUGUCUUCGAUUGCCAAACUUCCCACAGCACCGGUACUUGGAGCGUUUCCGAAUGCCAAGCAAAAUGUGUCGACGUUCACUGUUCUGCCACAGUCUGCAACUCACGUCAGGAUUGUCUUCAGAUCAACGUAUUCUGAAAAUACAUACACAAAUUACUGUAUAGAUGUUCGCUUCAAAAGUGGCGAGGUUGUAUCAAUAAGAGAUGGUGCAUUCAGUUUACUUGACACAAGUAGAGUGAUAGAAGGCUGUAACCCUGCAUCUGGUUUGAGGGCAUUCCUGGAGAUGUAUGUUGAUGAGAAAGUAACUCAGAGCCAUGGCCGGCGCCGGUCGACCACACAGGACGACAACCCACCAUCACCCAUCGACAUGGACUCCAUGGACAUCUUCAUGUCUCAGACAACACCCACCAUGGGGUCCCCUGCAUCACGACAGCGGCAGGAUCCUGGCAUUGGGGGUCUUCGUUUCCAUAGUAAUCCAAUGACUCCGCCCUCCAACCCACACACCCCAGCUUCACCUGGUGCUUCUAGAAUGCCGACAGGGGUUAAUCCAUCCCCAUCGACACUGAUUGGCAAUCCGUCUCCAGGUACAUUGCUAACAGGAGGUUCACCCGGCAACCCUCAGCUCCAUGUCCCCUCCCCCUCUUCUUUUGUCCCGACCCCCUCCCCCCAGUCUCUAGGCAUCCACAUGCAGUCUCCAGUUGGCUCGUUUAUUAGCCCAAGCAUGGUGGAAGGUGGUUCUCCGUACCCUGGCUCUAAUCUUGCCAUGCCGUCUCCGGGCACGAGAAACUGGCCGAACUCGCCUUCAGUGCAGGGGCCUUCUCCAGCAUCACCAGUGGUAAACCACCCAUCGCGAGUCCUUCCUCAGAGGUCUUGGGCAGCCUCAGUUCCGCUGCUGCUGUCCCACGAGGCAUUCAACAACAUGCUAACACCAACCUCACUCUCUGGGGCGCAGUUUCUUAUGGUCUCCCCGCUGGAGAGGUUCUUUGGAUGCAUCUUCUUGAAGAAACAGCUGUCACGCAACGUGCAGACCGAGGAUUCAUUAACUCACUUGCCACCAGUAGAGCCUGGUGUUGUAAUGUUCAAGGUCGACGGGCUUCAGUGCAAAGUUAACCUACAUCCUCCUACACUUCAGUCACUUCAACUCAAGGUUUUCCAGUCACCUGAUUGUAAAGAUGUGUUUGCUGCCGAAGAGCUUCAGAUUAUUGAGAAGUUCUUUGAAAUGAAGGCUGCUUGCCCUCCCUACAAGGCUAAUGCUUUAACAGCAUUCAGUCGAUUGCUGGGCGCACCGUCCAGGAUAUUGCGAGAUUGUGUACAGAUCAUGAGACUAGAGCUUAUGCCAGAUAGGAAUUUUAAGUGGUCUGUUCAGUGGUGCCUAACCAUUCCGCCAAAUGUUCUCAACUUUAUAGCACCCCCAGGCACCCCUGCUGUGGUCAUCAAAAAUAAAAUGCUCAUUGUGCUUCAGUUCACACGAAUUGGCCUGAACCUUCCAUCCGGCAAAGAGCCUCAGUCGAUCCACAUCCCCCUGCUGUACGACAUCCAGGCGAACAACAUCAGCCAGGUGGAGCCACGGGCACCAGUACCGCAGCAGCAGCACAUGCAGACACCGGUGCAGAGCGCUGUCACGAUGAUGCUCAAGAGGUUCACGGACACCUACCAGAACCACACCGAGUGUGCAAUAUUCCCUGCAGUGCGUGAACUCAUGGCAAACCUUGUAAUACCAGUCUUGUGACAUCCAGCAUAACGACAAACAUGGUAAUUCCAGUUAUGUGACAAUCAGCAGAACACAGCUUUACAGGCCUGGCAAGGAAUAUGAUGAUUUAAGAUUUGUUUCUAAGAAAUACACAGUCUAGGUGAAAGAACUUGGCCAGAAUUUUGUUUUGUUUUGUUUAUAAGCAAAACCUAUAGAUUAGGUCACAGACUGCUUUAGUUUAUUAUAUUUUAUAAGAAAUUGGCUAUAAGCACCAAUUGUAUUAAAACCUUCAACCAACAUCACAGAGUUGGCCAUAAAUGUUUUGUUUGUAAAUAAACCUACUGGCUAUGUCAUAAAGACUGCUUCAGUGACUGUUUCUGUAAGAAAUACCUACAGUGUAGGUCUCAGAAAUUGCUUUAUAUUUACAAGAAAUGAAACGUACCUCACAGACCAGGCCAUAAGUACUUCAUGUAUUAAACCUACAACCAACAUGACAGAAUUGGACUUUAAUGUUUUGAUUAUAAAUCUUAUCUACUGUCAAUAUCAUAAAGACUGCUCUAGUGACUAUGUCAUUAACUUGGCCGUAAGUAUAGAGUUUAUAUUAAACCUACAACAAAGACUUGGCUUUAAACCAUUCUGUUCAUAAUGAAACCUACAUCACAGAAACUGGUUUAGUUUUUAUGUUUAUAAGCAAUUACAACAUACAUCACAAAAGUGAAAUGUGUCUGUAAUACAGUUCCACACCAAACAUUUCUUAAUCUCAGGAUCAACCAAACACUUCAUAAUCUCUAGGAUCAACCAAAAAAUUCAUAACCUCUAGGAUCAACCAAACACUUCAUAAUGUUCAGGAUCAACCAUACACUUCAUGUUUAGGAUCAGCCAAACACCUCAUAAUAUUUAGGAUCCACCGAACACUUCAUAAUGUUCAAAAUCAACCGAACACUUCAUAAUGUUCAGGAUCAACCAAACACUUCAUAAUGUUCAGGAUCAAUUGAACACUUCAUAAUCUCCAGGAUCAACCAAACACUUCAUAAUGUUCAAGAUCAACCAAACAAUCUCAAGGAUCAACUCGACAUUUAUAAGAUUCAAGAUGAACCAAAACAAUUCUUAAUGUCCAGGAUGACGAACUGGACUCUUAAAAAUGUUCAUGAUAUUCAAGAUAGAGAAAUGUGAAAUAAAUACAUUUGACUGUAUUUUGUUAGACCUAGUGAAACCUGUCAAGUAACCACAUAAACAGUGGUAUAUUAAAUUAAAAUGAGUGGCUCUUAGAUAUUGCAAGCUGAAAAUCCUUGUGCUUCAGUGAAAAGCCACUAUAACCUUAUACUGUUGAAGACUUAAAAAUGUUUUCUUCUCUGUAUAUCUUAUUCUGUGCAACACUACUUGAUUUGGAAGAAUAAUGGCCUUUUAACACAGGUGUCCGACACAGAGAUGGCCACUUGAGCAAGUUUUGUAAAACAUCAUUCAUGUCCUGGAUAUCUUUAAGGUUUACUUCAUCAAGUCAGGUUUCAUUUUCAUCAUACAGACAGAAUCAUAAAGUUCAUUGUGACUUAUUUUCAGAUAUAAAAUCCAUUGUAAAACAAAUAUUUAUAAAUGACAUGACUUUGUU